AACUGGCUUCCAAAGACUUAAAACCUAGCUGAGAUUGUAAUAAUAAUGUAAUGAUGCAGUUGCAAAAACAAUGUUUUACCACUUUGCAUAGUGCUAGGUCAUCAGUGAGUCUUGAGGUUUUUAGGAAGAAGCACAUAUUAAAGAGGAAGUAAAAGACCAAAAAACACAAAAUGUUGUCAUUUUUUAGAACUUAAAAAAAUUAGGUGUAUGCGCAAUUUGACAUACUGUUAAAGCCUGCAGAAUUAUUUUCUGUAGCAAAAGCGGUUCAGUGCCCUAUAUUUGAACCACAAGCUGUACUGAGCUGGGGGUGAAUCAUUGCGAAGCACCUUUACUUUUCUACUGAGCGGAAAUUUAAUACAGAUCAGAGGACUAGUGGAAACAAACUGCCAUCUUUAAGUCAACGCUCAGGUCAGGUGAGUUAGAAAUGAUCAAAACCUGUCUACCCUUUCCUGUUGUAGCCCUUUAAGGAAUUUUACUUUGUACUCUGUGUGACAAUGAUGGGGUCAUGUUGAGGUUUAGAAUUGUUCAGUGGGAUGAUAAGUUGACAUAGUACAUUUUUUAUUUCUCCACCAGUGUAUCUCUUAUAAUGCCAUGUUUUUUCAGUGGUUACUUUGGUGCCUUUUGCCACCCAAUACUGCACCUAUAACCGACAGUUUUAUAUCACAGCAAAUGUGUUUAUAGGACUCACUGCCGAUGUGUUUUCUUAGUGGUGCUACAAACUUGUCUUGUAUAACUUGCAUAACUUUGUCUAGGGAAUAUUCAGAAAAAGGAAAAAAAAACACUAAUAACAAAACAUCCUCUUUAACAAUUUCUAAGAUAUCUUUAAUGUAUUGAUGAAAAAGUGUAAGCUUUUCAUUUAAUUUGCAGUUCACUGGUGCCCCUCACACUGUUUGCAUAUCUGCAUACUGGUGUUCAGCCAAUUAGCAAUUUCAAGUGCAAUACUGUAAAACAUACCACAAUGCAAAUUUAGAACAAAAGUACUAUAAUGAAUGGCCUUUGAGACUUUUGAAUCAGUUCAUCAAGAUAACAGAGAGAUUACAGAGAUAAAAAGGAGAGACAGAAAAAGAGAGAGACUGACAGUAAGAAACCUUUCUUGAGAUCAGCGCCGUUGCCUGUCAUUUGGGUACCCUAAGCACAAAUGCUUUGUGGUGCCAUAUCGUUACUAGUACCCAGCUUAUUGUGCUGAUAUUUUCACGAGCCUGAACUUUUGGUGCCCCCGCCGGCACUUGGUGCCCUACGCGCUGUGCGUAACGUGCGUGUGCGGAGCAACAGCGUUGCUUGAGAUGUUUUGUCUCUUCCAAAUAAAUGUCUGUCAGUGGAAGUUCCUGGGACUUUACUUGGACUGUUUUGGUCCCGCCUUCCUAGUGUCAGCUGUGGAAACUCCAUCUCUCGCUUCUCUUUAUAGAAGUCGGUUCAGUCAGUUCCCCCCCCCGCCAGGAAGGCUUAUCUACGGCAGACAUGGCUCAGAGCAUGAGCCUCAGAGCAUGAGCCAUGUCUGUUUUCUUUGUUAGUCGUCUUUUUUUGUUUUUUAAUUGUCUUAUCCCACAGACACGGACUAUGGCAGCUGCAGGAUGGGUCUUCUUGCUGGUUGUCCUGCUGUCUCAGGCUUUAGCUGUCGCACAUUACCACAGCAGGGACACAGACACCUACUAUGUCAGUGCUGGCCACCUUUUCCUGCUGAGGUGCCACAUUGCUGAUGCUCACACCAACGUGACCUGGAGCAGAGAGGGGAGCCAAAGGCAGAGUCUGCCCAAUGGAGUGGAGGUCAGGGAUGGGUUACUAUGGUUUCUGCCUGUGCAGAUGUCUCAUAAUGGAUCCUACGCUUGUGAGAAAAGGGAUGGGACUGGAUUGAGGAUGAAGUUUGAGCUGUCAGUAUCCAGUGGAAAGUGUCCUGAACUAUCUGAGACCAAAUCAAUCCCCAAGGGAGUCAGUGAAGGUCUUCCCUGCAAACAGAAAGACAUUUUCCAACUGAAUGCUACAAGAAACAUACAAUGGCUGAAGGACUGCCAACCAGUGCAGCCUCAAGGGCAGCACAUCUAUGUGCAUGACAACGGCUUCAUGAGACUCCUUCCCGCCUCAGAGGUGGAUGCUGGGACAUACACCUGCCUAAUAGAAAUUAGCUUGGAUGGCAGAGACUACACCGCGGCACGCAGCAUCCAGCUGACUAUUGAAAACGAAAUUCCAGUCUUUACUGAGAUUGAAAUGGUGUACCCUCAACAGGAAGUGGUCAUCGUAGAAGUGGGUAUGAGAGUAGAGCUGCGGUGUCUAGCCUACGUAGGCUUCAGUGAGGACAACGACAUUUUAAUGUACUGGACUGUUAACUCGACGUACGCUGAUGACUACAAGGAGCUCAACGAGUCCUGGAAAUAUAUUCACGAGAGAGGCAGAGUGUAUAGUUUCUCCACUCUGUCCAUCUCUACAGUUCUUCAUCAGUUCCUGAAUGUCCCUAUUCAUUGCCAUGUAGUGAGCCCAGCUGAUAACAAAAGAGGCUCGGUGUGUCUUCAACAAGCUGACCACAGUGCUCUCCACACCAGUAUUGCACUCUGCCUUGCUGCACCCCUAACCAUUGUGGCCUUGAUUGCUGCCUUCCUGUUGUUUAAAGUAGAUCUCGUGUUGGCUUACAGGAAACUAUUGAGGCAUUUUUCCAAACAACACAUUUCAGAUGGGAAGCUCUAUGAUGCCUAUGUAAGCUUCCUUCAUCCUGACACCAGCUCAGCUGACACGGAAAGCUUUGCUUUGCAGAUCCUGCCUGAAAAGCUGGAGAAACAACAUGGCUACUCCUUGUACAUCAGAGGACGUGAUGACUGCCCAGGAGAAGCGGUUCAUGAUGUUAUUGCUGCUACAGUGAGCCAGUGUCGCAGACUGAUAAUCAUCUUGUCACCUAAGACAAAAGACUCCACUCAUGGUGAAAAAGAAGAAAAGUUCUUACGUGACAACCAAGACCAGCUGAGCUACGAGCAGAAAACUGGCCUUUAUGACACUUUGACUCAGAGUAACCCCAAAGUGAUUCUGGUGGAAAUCGAUGGUCCGGUGGAUUACAGCUGCCUGCCAGAGUCUCUGCGCUAUAUCAAGAGGAAAUAUGGAUCUCUGAAGUGGAAGAAGCCCUCCCCCGGGACACACAAAUUUACAAAAUUAUGCUCGAACAGAAAAUUCUGGAAGAAUCUGAGGUAUUACAUGCCCUCAGUGCCAGACUAUUACCUAAACCAAGUGAAAAACUGAAUUUAUCCAUUGUGUUCCAGAUGGGAUGUGUUAUAUUAUGGGUUAUUACCACAGUGAAGUCCACCGUCCAAUGCAUGAGGAUAAACUAAGCUUUCCACUAAGGUCUAGUCCUGUACCAGACUUCCUCACCUGGCCUUGUGGGCUAAUAGACCUGGUAACGCUAGCACCUGUCUGAGAGUUUAAAACAUUUAACUUAUAUCAAAUCAGUUGUAUGUUCAACAACUUUCCAACUUUCACCAAAGGUCCAGUUCAGCAGAAAUGUUUGUAUGCUUUGAGCUGGAACUAUGAAUUACUCUGUUUUACAAAAUUAUGUUUCUCAUGUGUCCUUCUCCUAUUUCCUUUUUUUUAAAAAAAACAUGGUCCUUACUGACUGCUGCAGAGCAGUUUUAAUUCCUUUUACCUUUUCUUGGUCAGCUUGACAAACAUGGUUCAGAGAAAGAAUCUUCAGUAGUUUGAUAAGAAUCAGAAUAGAACAUAUAGAGCACAGAUAUCGACACAGUCAGUGCAGAACACCAUUGAUGGAGAUCAGCAGCACUUUAAGCUGUCAUUUCCUCCAGGCAGCCGUGGCCUAGAGAUUGCAGAAACGUGACGGCUUGGAGGGUCACUGGUUCGAUUCACCCUGGACUGGCAGGAAAUUUUGCCGGCUGAUGUGCCCUUGAGCAAGGCACUUAACCUGCCACUUCACCCUGAAAUGGCAGCCCACUGCUCCUGUGUGUUUCACUGCAUGCUGCAUGUGUGUGUUCAAUCAGUGAUGGGUUAAAUACAGAGAAGAAUUUCAGUGUAUGUAAACAUAUACUGACAAUAAAGGUUUGAAGUUUAAGUUUAAGUAUUAUCCCAGCAGAAAACAUUGUAUUCAGUGUUUCAGGUCGACAUUUAACUGUCAAUAACUGUUUUUACCUCAUUUUUUUCUGAAAUUACUGUGUGUGUUCAGUAUCUGACUGCUGCCUGAACGUGUAUUGAAUGUUUAUUGCUCAUAUUUGAGCCAACUAGUUUGCACUUAAAUUUCUACAUGUGUACUUAUUUCUAGGGUAUAUAAAAGAAUAUUUAUCUUUGUAUUGACAAGACUGCUGUGUUGAAUAUUGAUUGAAGUCAUGGAUUGGUUGCAUUCAAUAUUUCUUUUCCUUACUUAAGAACUGAUGGAAAGUAUUUGAUGUAUUCAUAUGACUAUUGUUAUUAUUAUUUUAUUUUUUUAUGUACUGUAUUAUACUGUAAAAUUGUGUUCUCUCCAUGUGACUGUAGGUUAAAUGUGUUCACUGUGACAGAUGAUUAAAGAUAUUUUAUUUUUA